AUGCCACAAGGAAGGAUCGACAUGGAUGCUAGUAUAAACCUGAAUCAAAGCCGUGCAGAGGAUAUCACUCUGAAAGAAGACUAUGGCAGCCUGACUCUCAUGGCAGAUGAUGCAUUUGGUAAGUUUGAUGAUAUGGCUUUCGAUGAACCAGAAACUGCUCGUGAUGCUACAAACAUUGAUGAAGGCUUUCAUGCAAGUCUUCUGCUUUGUGAUGAAACAAAAGAACCAUCGGAAGAAACAGUUGAGAGAGAAAAUGCUGUGGAAUCAGAAACAAGUAACAACACUGCUAGUAAAGUAAAUGUUUCAAUUGAUGCUAGUUUAAAAAAUGAUGGCUUUGGAAACACUCUUGGAGAAGGUCUUUUAGAUGCUGAAACAGGUUCCCUAUUUGAACCUGCUGGCCUUUUCGAUGAUGCACCAUUAGAUCACGUUUCUUUAGAAAAUGCCGAAGAAAAUGCAAGCAGCAAUCUAGAAAAACAACCUGGGGAUGGGGCUGAGAAGACGGACAAUAAUGAAGAUUCUGAUGAUGACAUGUAUGAUAUGGGUCCUGCAUCUAUGGGUGCACCAUCUCCUCCAUCUUCUCCUGAUUCACCCAGAACUCAUGUAAGUGCUCAUGAAUCGGCUACGGAAAUGUUUCGUGAACCUAACGGGGGACCUUUAGAUUUGGCCGAGGAACCAUUUUUACCACCCGGGAAUACUGGGGCACAUACUUCUGGCUCUGGGGCUGAUAUAUGUGAGAUGCCUGGUAUCCUAAAUGAACUGGAACCUUCUGGGCCAGCUUCAGCUCUUCCUUUUGAUCACCAUAAACUGAUUGCGGAGUCAGAAAGUUUCGCUCUUGGACCUUUAGAUUCAAUUAUGGAAGGUUCCGAAAGAAUUGUCAAAGCCAAACGGAAAAGAAAACUCAUUGUAGAUGAGACAAAAAACAUCAGUGGGGAAGAAAUGAAGUUACAACUCAGUGAUACUUCAGACAUAAUAAUUUCUUUGGAUUUGGCUCCUCCCACCAAGAGGCUCAUGUAUUGGAAAGAAACUGGAGGUGUGGAGAAGUUGUUCUCACUUCCUGGACAUAUAAUACUGUCAAAAACCUUGUCAAAAGCAUAUCAAAUGCAUUUAACGACACGAUCAGUUGAAAAUGAAAAUUUUGGCGGCCUUGAUGAAGAUCUUAUCGACCUCGAUACAUGUUUAGAAGAGGCUCGGGAGAGAGAUGAAACUGUGUGUGAAGGAACAGUUUCUCGUAAAAGAAGACGUGAUGAGGAUCCAAUGUUACCUCCUGAAAACCUGCCAUCUCAUUUAGAUUCUUUGCCUCCUUAUUCUGAUAGUUUGACUCAUCCAUCUUUUGAAGUAGCCAACUUUUUGCAGUCGCAUCACCAGCAUAUGUUCCCACCAAAUGCUUCGUCGCAAAUCCCUGAGCCACAGAUGAUGUCUAAUGUCAUGUCUGUGAUGUCUCAUCAACCUCAAGCCCAUAUGAUUCAGCAGAUGCUUCAACCAGAUGUUGAUCAAGAGAGAGGGCCACCACUUCAUACAAUUAAUCCAAGUUUACAUAAUUCACACACACCACAUCCUCCUGUUGUAUCUGAAGCUUAUAAUCAAGGCCUCCCAUCAACCAGUUAUGGAGCCUAUGUGACUGAAAGAGACAAUGCGAAUUUUGUUGACAAAAAAAAUGAGAAUAUGCUUCCUGAAUCUGGAGAGGCAUGUAACUCUGCAAAUCUGUUAUUUGACUCUUUGAAUGAUGGAGAGUUGUCUCAUUCCCAUACGAUACAGAAUAAUAAUGUGGAAGAUCAUGAAAAAAAGAACAACGAUCCCUUUCCAUUGUCUGAUGAUGAUGACUAUGGUGCUCCACCAAGUGUUGGACCGCUACCAGAGCAACAAAUGGAUGAUGAAACAUAUGAACAAUUUGAAGAGCGAAUCCUAAUGAAACGAACCACUCACAUGUUGCAUUAUAUAAACCAGUUUUUAGAUCGAGAUGAACAUGUGAAAUUUAGCGAACUUGCCAGAGGUAACAAACGUAAGCAGGUUGCCCAGAAGUUUUAUACGUUUCUGGUCUUAAAAAAGCUAGAAGCUGUUGAGUUAGAACAUAAUAAAGGAGAUUUGCUAAUUACUAGAGGUUUGAAGUAUAAUGCUGUGUACAAUGGCCAAUAA